CAACCACAACCGCAACCGACCGACCAAGUAUAUAUAUAUAAAACCUAAUUAAACCCUCCAUAGCCGACCACCGAAGCUCCCCUCUCUCGCAGUCCAGCCCCUUCUCCCUCUGCCCGACUCUCUCUCUCUCUCUCAGACCAGAUAGACCUUUGGUCUAAAGAAUAUGAUAGCAGCUAUUUCUUGGGUCCCCAAAGGGGUCUCAAGGUCUAUCCCAGCUGUGGCUGAGCCUCCUUCAAAAGAGGAAAUUGAAGAGAUUUUGAACAGCAGGACUUUUGAGAGAAGCGAAGAGAGUGAAAAUGAGGACCAUGAUGAAGAUAUGGUUGUUGAUGCUGCUAAACAGGGUGAUGAAGUUGCCCAUGCAUUAGUUGCUGCAGAUGCACUUGGCAAAGCCUCCUUGAGCACGACUUCAGUUCCUUUUCAGGACAUAGCAGAUUCUUUGCGGGAACUAGACAUGGAACACUAUGAUGAAGAGGAUGAUGGUGUUGAGCUGAUUGGCACGGGAAUUGGUGAUGCUUAUUAUCCAAGUAAUGACAUGGACCCGUAUUUGAAGGAUCAGAAUGAUGAUGACUCUGAAGAGUUUGAGGACAUGACCAUAACAGCUGAGGAUGCUGUCAUAGUUUGUGCUCGUAACGAAGAUGAUGUCAGCCAUCUUGAGGUUUGGAUUUAUGAGGACCCUGCUGAUGGUGAUUCAAACAUGUAUGUUCACCAUGAUAUCAUCAUUCCAGCUUUUCCCCUCUGCACAGCAUGGCUUGAUUGCCCAAUUAAAGGUGGAGAAAAAGGGAACUUCAUAGCUGUAGGUUCAAUGGAACCAUCCAUUGAAAUAUGGGACCUUGACAUUAUGGAUGAAGUCCAACCAUCAGUGGUGUUAGGCGGCAUUUCUGAGAAAAAGAAAAAAGGAAAGAAAUCAAUCAAGUACAAGAAAGACAGCCACACUGAUUCAGUACUUGGUCUCGCCUGGAACAAGGAGUACAGGAAUAUACUUGCCAGUGCUAGUGCUGACAAACUAGUCAAGAUUUGGGACGUGGCUACUGGAAAAUGUGAUAUUACCAUGGAGCAUCAUACAGAUAAGGUUCAAGCCGUCGCAUGGAAUCAUCAUGUGCCACAAGUUCUACUUAGUGGAUCCUUUGAUCGUACAGUAGUCAUGAAGGAUGGAAGGAUACCUUCUCAUACAGGAUUUAAGUGGUCAGUUUCAGCAGAUGUUGAAACUGUAGCAUGGGAUCCACACACUGAGCAUUCAUUUGUGGUCAGUCUUGAAGAUGGUACAGUUGAAGGUUUUGAUAUCCGAGCUGCUAAGUCUGAUCAAUCUUCUGAGUCAAAGCCAAGUUUCACUCUUCAUGCACACGAUAAAGCUGUUUGCACAGUCUCCUAUAAUCCUUUGGCACCAAAUCUUCUUGCAACUGGAUCCACUGAUAAAAUGGUAAAAUUGUGGGAUUUGUCAAAAAACCAACCAUCAUGUGUUGCAUCUAAUAAUCCAAAAGCUGGAGCUGUCUUUUCCAUUUCGUUCUCAGAGGAUAGCCCCUUCUUGCUAGCCAUAGGAGGCUCCAAGGGAAAAUUGGAAGUGUGGGAUACACUAUCUGAUGCUGGGGUCUCUCGAAGAUAUGGGAAAUAUAGUAAUCGGAACAUAUCUUAAUCUUUUGUUCUUGGUAUUUUCUUUCCUUUCUUUUUUUGUUAGAAAAAACAGAAGAAAAAAAGGAGGGGGAUGUUGUGGUCUUGGUUUUUGAUAUUGAAAUAGUAUAACCCGGUGAGAGGGUGAGAGAACUGACUAAUGUUGCUCUCAAAUUAUGAAGCCAAUUAAUUACAUGGGGCGGGUUGCUUUUUUCAUUUGCAGCUUCCUAAAGGUAAUGUAUAUUUAUUGAAGCUUUUUUGUUGUUUUUGUUGUACUGUUCUGAAGAAUUGUAAUCAACAUUAGAGGAAAUGGAAAUUUUAGAGCAGGAGUGGUUUUGAAGGCCCUGUUUGAGUGUUUU